AUGGACGCAAAUGCCAGUGCCAGCGCAACCCCCGAACCGGAUGCGGAUUCGCGUCGCCGCUCCGGACGCGUCGUUAAGUUGCCGGCCAAGUACGCGCCGGAGCCCACCAACACCGCUGCGCCGAAGCGCAAGAGAGGUGCACAGGAUGGAGAGGAAGUGGACGAUGAGGAGGUGGACUCGGAGGAGGACGUGAGUGACGAGGACGAUGCCAGCGACGAAGAACACCCCGCUCCUAGAUCGCGAAAGGCAGGCGGCCGCAGCAAGAAGCCUUCGAGCAAAAAGCCCAAGAUCAAUGGAGCACAGCCGUCGGGACCGGCCCAAGUUUCUCGAAUACCCAGCCGGCCCAAAAAGACCGUCCGCAUUGAAGCGGGAGAGAAGGGGACAGGCCUCUUUGCCGAUGUAUUUGGCUCUGGAGACGCUUCCGACAGUGUCGCGAAACAAUGGCUAGAAAAAUAUAAAGAAGAUGACGCGUCGGCAUUAGCUGACCUUAUCAACUGUAUUCUUCAAUGUGCCGGCUGCGAUCUGGAAGUUACGACUGAUGAUAUACGCGACCCUGAGAAUAUCCCCAACAGACUGGUUGAUCUACAGAAUGUGUACCAAGAGCAACAAAUUACCGACUACCCUUUAAUAUCAAGAGCAAAGGGUACAAAGUCAUUCCGCGACAUGUUGGUGGGUUUCUUUCACUCUUUGAUUAGUCUACUCCACGAGACGGAUAUGCUUUACAAGAAUACGGAUCUGAUGGACAACUUGCAUGCGUGGCUGGCAAGUAUGUCGUCGUCGUCUCUGCGACCUUUCCGCCACACAGCAACCACGAUAUCCCUAGCCGUUCAAACAGGUCUGGUCCUCAUAGCAAGCGUACUCGACCGGAGAAUAGCAAACAUAGAUCAGCAGCUGGCGGCUGCCAAGAGAAGCAGGAACAAAACCAAGGCUUCAGAAGUGCAACGCAGCUUGAAUGAGGCAAAUGGGUAUCGCAAAAUUUGCAGCGACGGCAUUCAGUCCUUUUUUGACACAGUGUUUGUCCACCGAUACCGCGAUGUGGACCCCAAGAUUCGAGCAGAAUGUGUCGAUGCGUUGGGUGCAUGGAUUUGGGAUCUUCCGACCGUGUUCAUGGAGCCUGGCUAUCUUCGCUACCUCGGCUGGAUGCUUUCAGAUACGAAUGCUACAACUCGCCAGGAGGUGCUGAAACAGCUUCUCAAGGUGUUCAGGCGCGAUACUCAGCAGCUGGGACACUUUAUCGAUAGAUUUCGACCGCGCUUAAUCGAAAUGGCAACACUCGACUCUGAAGUUUCUGUGCGGGUGACGGCAAUCUCCGUCAUCGAUACGCUACGAUCUGCAGCGCUCUUGGAACCAAGCGAGAUUGACGCCAUUGCCAAGCUCAUCUUUGACACCGAAAUACGAAUUCGCAAGGCUGUUGUCAAUUUCUUUGUUGCUUGUAUCGACGACGUUUAUGAAGGCAAGCUGGAAGAGAUUGGCGGCGCUGAUGUUUUGGAAGAGUUGGAUGACGUAGAGGAGGAUGAAUACGAAUCCCCACGAAAAGAGUGGAUUAAUAUCAAGUGUCUAGCAGAGAUGCUGGCCAUUUACGACGCUCAAAUCGAGGAAUCGCAUCAGAAUGGUGUUUCAUCAAGCUUAGAUGCUGCCACAGAGCUGCUAGAUGGCUCGAACCCGGAUACCAGAAUCUCUCUUGCAGCCCAGGUGUUGUAUGACAAAGUACCUGAGGUCACUAGAUGGGAAAUGAUUUCGGGCUACCUUCUCUUUGACCACACCACAAGUGCUAAGUCAAAGUCGAGAUCAAAAUCCAAGGCCACUUCUCCAGAAGCGGCCUUUAAGAAGGCUAUUGCGCCAAAUUCAGAGGAGGAGUCUAUCCUUCUUGAUGUCUUGAGCUCAGCCGUCAAGUCUAGUCUCACCCUGACUAGCGACCAUGACAAGGGCAGGAGAAAGCUGGGCCGAUCAGAGGCGGCUGAGGCUCAAGAGGAAGUUGCUCUCGAAUUGACCACAGUAAUCCCCAAGCUGCUGAACAAGUUUGGCGCAGAGCCUGAGACGGCAGCAAUUGUGUUACGACUCGAGCGAUUCUUAAGUCUGGACACUUUCCAACAGCUGCGUCAGGACUCCAGCAAGUACGAAAGGCUGCUCGAUGAGAUAAGCACCCAAUUCAACAGACACGAUGAUAAGAGAGUCUUGUCCGAGGCCACCGCUGCUCUCUUACAUGCUCGCCAGUACGAGGAGCUUGAGGAACUAACAGACAGCAGGCUGUCCCUGUUAUGGGACAAUGCUAUCGAUGCGCUCCGCAACUUUGACAAGUCUUGCGAGCUGUCCGUUCGUGGUAAUCUACCCUUGGAAGCAUUGCGCAACUUGUCUACCAUCUUGAUGAAGAUCAGUAAGCUUGCAAGCAUAUCUGACUGUGUCGACGCCAUUGAAGCAAAGUCCAAGUCCAAGGACUCCUCUACAUCACCUGUCAUUGAUAUUCUGAGCCAUAUUGUCCACCGCGGCAAAUACGAGCCACAGGAGGACGAGAUUGAUGACUUGGAGGACGAAGUAGUCACAUUUGCCAUCAAGACAUGCCAGUUCUACCUUAUGUGGAAGGCUAGAAGUAUCGCCAAGCUCCUGGCGGCCGGCACAAGCUUGUCGGACGCAGCCUUGGAUACACUCUCCGUUCUGCGGCAAUCCUACCGAAGACACCUCAUCGAAACCUUCUCAUCCCGCGCUGCCAUUGACCAGCUCCGCCUCUUUUCCACCGGCAGUCUCUGCGACCUCCAUCUCACGUUCGCCACCCUCCGUCCCGCCAUCAAAAACUUCCACCCUUCAUCUGCAGCAGCCGCUGGCCGAGGUGAUAAGCUCAAAGUUCUCCUCCAAGACAUCGAGCCUGGCCUCGUCCCUGAACUCAUCUCCAUCUUCGAGGGGGCAGAGCGUCAGUACGCUAAAAGGUCCAAAAAGGACAAGUUGCUCAACGAUCCCGCUGAAGAUGAAGAUCCCAUGGCCGACGACGAAGAGCUCGACGAAGACGACGAAGACGAAGACCUGUCCAAGGAGGAACGCUACGCUGCCGAACUCAAGGCUGAAAGAGCCUUUUGUGAGCUCACUGGCAAAUACGUCCUCGCCCUAUCCGCCGGUCUCAUCGAAGACCGCGGCUCACAAGCUGCUAAGCUCCGUCGCAGAAUUCUCCGCAACGAAACAAAGCUCGGCCACAACUUCAAAGAAAUCGUCGCCCAUCUGGAUGAGGAGAAGAUAGCUAGACGGCAUAAGAAGGCUACCAAGCAGCCUGCCAAGUCGGACAAACCAGGCCUGAGCCUGGAAGUCGUGGACGACGACGACCACGUUUUUGAUGACGUCGAGCCGGAGGAGGGCUCGCGAGAGGAUUUACGAAGGAGAGAGCUACUGGAGGAUGAGCCUAUCGACGAGGGCGAGGAUAACGAAGGCGGGCAUAAUGACGCGGAUGACGAUGGAUUAGGCGACUAG